ACUCUCUCUACAAUAGUCAACCACAAGUGCUACCAGCUGCCAGCCUGCAAUUUCCUCCCUUAAGUAGUUGGAGAGGCAUCGAUGAUGAAUGAAGAUGAAGGAAGAUAGAAAAGGGAAGUGCCCCAUUUUUACACUUUCUACCACCACCAGACAGGCACCAGCCACAGUUGAUCCGUUUGUUUAUAUUCCCAGAAAUGUGUUCUUCUCAAAGUGGGUGUGAAAAAAAGUUCAGCUGCUACCCUCCAGGCCUCAUACCCUUUUAAUCAGUUCUUCCAUCUCGACUUUGACCUUCAUGGUUAGAGCUGGAGAUGGUGAUGGUUCAUCUGAAAAAGAAAGCUGGAACAAAGAAAGAGAAACCUCUUCGAUGAGCAAAAUUCAAUGGUAGUAGAUAACAAGAUUUUGGGACAACCUUCUGAAGCAAGCAAUAGCUAUUUUUGUGUAGUUUUCUUAUGACAAGUGGUAUGGGAAAUCCAACAGUACUGUUGGUUUCACACAACCUUAAAAUGGGUCAGACGUGUUCUAGACACCGAAGUGGUGGUUUGUUUUUCUUUUCUUCUUUUUUUUGCUUGUAGAAUGUGUACAAAAAGGUUGCACAGAAUUUGCUGCUGCUAUGGAGGUCUUCCAUUUAUGAGUGAUCUACUCAGACACCUGUAGUGAAUCGCGCUCAAAACUAGCGUGUUCAUGCCAUUGCCAAUGCCAUUAACCGUCUUUCGUGUGCUCUCGGUUACUGGAUCGACGUUACUUACAAAAUGCUAACGCGACAAUCCCACGAUUAAGAACGCGUGAUAGGUUGAUCCAAAAAUCUCGACAUGCUGUGCAAUCUCUUCAGCAUGAUGCUGAUAAAGAUCAAAGGUCACAUUCUUGAGAUACGAUACUUAUCCUCCUAAUUCAUUAAGCAUAGUCACAAUCACACACUUAUCAACGCUGUGUUUCAACUAAUUGAAACAGAGCAUUCCUAAACACAAAAGCAAAUUGAAUAAGAAUUGGAUUCCUCCAUCAUCCACCAUUAUCAGCAUCUAUCUCUCAGCCCUCCCUCCCCCCUCAAGAUAAUGCCAAAUUAGAAAAAAAGGGUGUGGAUUGGAUUCCCCAUCAAACAAAUCAUCUGAUCAACUUUUUCAUGAUUCCCGCCAUAAUCAGAACAAACAAUUAGCCACGCAUCUUUCAAGCUAAUGAUGUAUAUAAAUAACUCAAACUAGUCUCCAAUUGGUAACAGUCUAAUUAAUCAGCUAAGCUUUCUCUUUCUCAAAGGGGUAAGAAAAUGGGAAAUGGGUCAAGCACAGGAGGAGGAAGAGGAAGGAGAAGGGACAUGAUCCCUGAAGCAGGUGAGGACAAAGAAUGGACCUUUCUGUCCACCUUCGAGCGCCAGUAUGGAAGCUCCACCCACCCUUUCUUCUACACGUGUCGGUUCCCGGAGGCACUGAAGAUCGGCGACGAGGAGCGCAAGUUCGUGUUCAUCUACCUCCACUCCCCUGCCGACCGCCACUUCACCCCUGCCUUCUGCAAACACACCCUUUCCUCCGACCGCGUGGUUCAGUACCUCGACGACAAUUUCGUCACGUGGGGGGCGCUCGCCGACAGAGGGGAAGGCCGACAGAUGGCCAAAACGCUGCUCCGGCCCGGAACUUUCCCUUGCUGCGCCGUCGUCGCGCCGGCGGCGGGGGAAGACAUGACCGUCCUGCAGCAAAUGGAAGGUCCGAUGUCGCCGGAGAAGCUGGUGGAGAUUCUGCGGAGGACGGUGGAGGAUCACGGAUUGGCGUUUGGGCAUGAGAGGGCGAAAGAGAGGAAGAGAUCGAAAGCGAGAGCUAAGGAGGAAGAAAAGCUGCGAGAGGAUAAGGAAAAGGAGAAGUUGAAGAAGAAGAAAGGUCAGCAAUACUACUGAAGUAUUGAUGAUUAGUUUCUCUCAAUCAAAACUCCCUUUUCCAUAUUAAUGGAUUUUAGUGUUAAGUAGAGUAUAUUAAUGUGUAAAUUGUAAUGGUGAGGGGAUUAAAGUUGGACAUGGUUGGUUUGGUUUUGUCUAAUUGUUAAGUUGAUGUAUUGUAGAUGUAUUGUUGAAUUUGGUGUAUAGUGAACUAUAGAGUUUGGUAUAUGCGAUUGUGUUUUUAAAUAGUUAAAAAGAAAAGAUACUUUUUAAUUAGAAUCAUCAUAGAAAUUCAAACAAGUAUUGUAACAAUCUUACCUAAACAAUCAUAAAAAUCAUCAUAGAAAUUAUUUUUGAUGGUGUGACUUGUGAGUAGGGUUGUUAAUGAACUAAACAGCUCAUGAACGAUUCCGCGUCCGACUCGAGAAAAACUCGUUCGACACUCGAUUGUCUUAAUCGAUCUGGCUCGCUAACUAAACGAGCCGAACUCGAACAGUACCAUGUUCAGCUCAAAAGCUCGCUAACAAGCUCAUUUAACGGUUUGGCAUAAGAAAGGAUUGGAAUUCAU